AUGAGCGGCACCGACUCCAAGGCGGCCGAUCCGGACCAGAGGGCGUCGAUGAGGACAUCAAUGAGAUUGUCCAGGCUUGAGGGCGACGAUGAAGACUAUGAUUUGCAAGCAAUGGGCAUCUCGGACGGGUUUCGGCCAGCGGAUAUGGGCGUCUCGGAUGGAUUUCGACCAACGCAAAUGGGCGUCUCGGAUGGAUUUCGACCAAUGCAAAUGGGCGUCUCGGAUGGAUUUCGACCAACGCAAAUGGGCGUCUCGGAUGGCUUUCGACCUACGCAAAUGGGCGUCUCGGAUGGAUUUCGACCAACGCAAAUGGGCGUCUCGGAUGGCUUUCGACCAACGCAAAUGGGCGUCUCUGAUGGAUUUCGAUCAACGCAAGUGGGUAUCUCGGAUGGUUUUCGACCAACACCGAUGGGACCCUCAGAUGGUUUUCGACCAGCCGAUGUUGCACAGGACCACGCGAACCCGUCGAGCCCGUCUAACCCGGAACCACCGGCCGCCCAGGUCGCUCAACCUCUCUCCGCACGACCGUCGAGUAUUGGGAAACCUCCGCAUCGACCACGUGAAUCCUUCACAUUACGGCACGAUGGUGCGAUGGGAUCCAUGGACGACUCGAUAGCGGCGCGGGGAGUGAGCAUAGCCUCCGCGUCACAGAUUGCCCGGCCGGAAAGUCCGUAUCAAGGACCUUCAGGACCGUCUUUCCCGUACCAGAUGUAUCCGCAAAAUACUCGCCUCUCAAGGACGGCUAGUGUGGUGACCACGUCGACGGUCCCGAUUGCCGAGAGGAUAUACAAUGGGCCGCGCGGUCCAACGCACCCCUAUCAAAUGUAUCCUCAAAACACAGUGCCCGAGCCGGACGCCGAUCCCGACGAGGACAGGAUAACACCAGCACCAGCACCAGUACCAGCACCCAUCCCAGUCGGCUUUCCCGGCGCAGCAAACAAUUAUCAGAGGAGACUAGGGCCAGAGGGUGAAGAUGUGGCCGACAUUAUCGGCCCAGAUGGCCACACAGAACAGUUACCUCCCUACACCAGGUAUCCCGAUGAGGCUUAUGCGAGAAAAGUACAGGGUAUUGUACUACCUACACCAGCGGCGGCAGUGGCAGCAGCGCCUGCGUCAAUCCAACUCCAGGCAAUACCUGGCGCGGGCGGCAUCGGUCUUGCAACGCGAAACCCGGAAUUCGCAUCGACCGAGGACUUGAACAACGGCGCCCACUCACCAGUGUCCCGACAAUCCGUUAGGAGCUUUCACACGGAUACCAGUCAGCAUGACAUUAAUACAGCAGCCUUAGCGGUCGUUAAUGAAAAGAAGCCACCCCUUAAGAAAUGGCAAGUUGCGGCCAAAAGAAAGGUUUGGGGCGUCGUCCCGUGCUGGGCGUUUGGUCUGACAGCCGUUAUUGUUAUCAUGCUUGCUGUCGUCCUCGGUGCCAUUCUCGGCACCUUCUUCGGUAGGCCCAAAAGGGGUCACCAUAGCGACUCUUCCUCCCAGGCCACCAUGACUUACGACAUGACACCAUGGCCUACCGUACCGGCCGGUUUACCUCCAUUAGUGGAAGGGACGUUUGCCAUGCCCAUCAUGGUGACACGCAAUCCCGCGACAUGUUUCAACGACACGACACAAGCUCAGUCGUGGAACUGUAACAUCGUCUUUUCUCAGCUCAUGAUGACGAUCAAGGCCAUUGUGGAUGCCGACCCGACAGCGGCGUACUCCAUGAGCCUGUCAUUCAACCACUCGUACACCAUUGACAAUCAUGUGUACUCCUAUGGAAUGCAACCCCCUUUGUUCCAAGAUGCCAGACUCAUACUCGUCAACGAUACAUACGAAGUUUCUCGGGGCCCGGCUUGGGCAGUUGAGAUGCCAUAUGACAAGGUCGUCAUUAUCCCUGAACCCCUAUUCACAGCGGCCGCAUCCACAGCCUCGUCUGACUCGGUCAAACACCGUCGCAUGGGCGGCUUCAACGGUCCCGAUGGCGGUGACUUCAAGCGCAAGGGUGUCGCGAAGUCGGGAGAGAGGCCUUGGAUCUGCCACUGGGACGGCACGAUCCUCGAAACCUUUAUCUACGCUGCACAAAACAGCAGUCAUAAUCCCAUCACUACGAGCGGCGGCGGCGGCACUGGCACCAUUACAAGUGGCUCCCCCACUGCUACGCUUUUCUCGGAGCGUCCGAACAGUCAGUGGCCACCCUUUUCGGAUAGAAAGCAGGUAGUGGCCGCUACCUCGAUUGCGACAGAUCAAGUGACAGCUACUAGCACGACAGCGAGCUUAUCGGCGACCUUAACGACGGGCGGUUCGUCAUCUUCCACGACGAACUGGUUUGACAGCCCGAUGCCAACCGAUUUCAAGUCGGCCUACCCACGUGUUGUCAAAGUGGAGGAGCGCCGCGUUUCCGGCAAGCCCUCCGCGGAGCCUUGGUGCCGCCAGUAUGAGAUCUUGACAAACGGUUCGGCACAGCCUCUCAAAGACUCAGCAGGCAACUAUAUCGAGGUCCGUAUUGCGGAAGAGGAGCCUGCAUACGGUCCCAGCUCUUCGGAAUCGCGACGAAGCCUCGUAGAGCGGUACCUUGGUCAUCCCCUUGAGGAGAGGAGUGUGGGAAGCGACAUGAGCGAUUGCGGCUGUAUGUGGUGGUCCACCUGA